GUAAAACUUAGUCAGUAAUUGAAGCCGAUGAAAAAGAGUUAGAUUUAAGUGGUUCAUAGAACCAUGAGUGCAGUAUAACUAGACCUAGGCUUAAUUCGUUUUCGAAAUGAAGUUGUUCGGAGACAGCUGUAAAAGUUUUCAAUUUGUAUCCGAUAAUCAGCCCGGAAAACGUUUGCUCAAAUUGGGAGAUCUUGCUUUAGUUGGUUCGAAAUAGACAAAAAACCGCAGGAAAGCACUAAAGAUGAGCUGGUCUCCAAGAAAACUUCCACCUCUUUCAUCAGGCCUGGUUUCGAGCGACAAGUAAGGAUUCAGUAAAUGAAGCAAAUAGAAAAAGCAGUACGGUAUCGUUUGUUACCGUGUUGUAUGGGAGCGAGCCCAUAGGAUACCGAAUAAAGUGAGAGUCAUUCUGGUGAGGAAUCUUGCGGCAAUAAGAAGUCAGCUAGCAUCACAAGAUGCGGCGGAUGCCUACCUUGUUACAAUCACCACUUCGGAGAGUGGUGGUUGCAUUUUUAGUUGCAUAUCUAGCUGCACCUUCGUACACAGCAGAACUGUGGUGUGUCGAAAAUGACUACAAAGUAAGGUCAGAGGAAAUAAUUAGCGAUUUCAUGUGCCGAACAGACACGAAUGAAACGAUUAUCCAGCAGUGCAACAGAUACAACCCACCUUUUUCAAAUUGUAGUCAUCAGUCUUUCAAACACUCACUGGAGCGAAUCAAACAGUUUUUCAACGAUGACGACUAUUUCAACAUAAAGGUUUCGGCACCUGGUCCAUGGGAUGAGAGAUUUUGCUACGGAUCUGACAGGAUUUUUUUCAAAUUGAACGAAAAGAAGCAGCGAUUUAUAAUAAACUACAUAAUAGAUAAGCACAACAGUACCGAGUUUUGGCUGCCGGCACGUUCGCAAAAUUACAACCCAGCCCAAUGGAGGAUACCUGGUGAGCUAUGGGGUGAGCCCGUUAAAGUGGAUUAUGAGGAAUUGUCCCCUUACGACUGUGUCAGUGUGAAUGUUACAAUGGAUUUAAAUCCUAUGGUCGUUAUGCGAAAUUGUAGUGAUAACUUGCCAAUGUUAUGUGUUUCCCGUGAAAACCCUUUGAUACAAGCUCCAUGUGAAGUAGGCUCAGUUGCUUUAAGGAUUGUACCGAAUCAGUGCUACCGCAUAGUGCGAUAUAGACCACAUCAUCUUGUGGAAAAUCCAGACUUCUCUGAAUUGUUGAAAAACCAAGCCGCACUAUAUUUAGCCUCGUAUUCUGAAAUGGAAAGCAACGAAAUGUGUUUAGUUCAUUUUAACAGUUCCUCGAAUACCGCGAUUACCCUCAAUAACCAAGGCGGUCUCGGUACAGUAAAUGGACUCCCACGAAAUUUGACGUGCAUGAUAGAAAUGUAUAGCAUUCCGAAAUUGGAAGAGGUUGAGAUGUAUCUAUCAUUUGAACCUUCUGUAGAAUCAUUGAUUCUAACCGUGUAUAACCGUCGAGGUAUUUGGUGUGAUCAAAGCCAGCCUGAUGAUAAGCGAGACGAUCGCGAAAACAGUGAGUGCGGGAUUCGAUGUUUUACCAAUGCAGAUUAUGAACAGCUGCAGCCAGUGAAGAUCAAACAGCUCGUGUGGGAAGACAGUAAAAAGUCAAUUUAUGAACUAAAGCUUUACGGGGAUGGUCCAGGAUAUUAUUGGUGUGAAGCGCACAGUAUUUUCGAUUUCGAAUUGAUAUCAUCUCCAAAAAUUAUCGCUGCGAAAAAGCAAAAGGGACAUUAUUUCGCCUUCUUUUUCAAUCUUCCAUGCAAAUUCGUACGUUGUGAUAGGAUCAACGCGAACAUGAAAACUUACGGGAAAACAAUUCGCAUGUUGCUUAAUAACAUAAGAAAUACCCAUGGAAAUGUGGGAAAUUUCAAGGACCUUGAUAUUCACAAUGUGCGCGUCAUGUCCAUUGAAUCUCUCGAACCAGGAGUUCACCUGACAGUAUUAUGCCACGCAGCCGUUUCCUUGAAAGGUUCAUCCGUCGACAAUAGCUCCGAGGAGGAUGAUUCAGAAUAUAUUGAAGGAGUGAAAGACGACUUCGAUCGAGAUGUGCAAGUGCGUGCCCAUAUGAGACGUUUGUUGAGCAAUAUGCUUGCUAUUUCCCCAUACGGAGUAACCAAUGUCGUGAAUAGUACCAAUUAUUGCUUUUCCGAAACUUCAGCGUCGAUUAAUCGAACUUGGCAGCCUGCAGAAAUAGGGUCCUCCACUACAACUUAUAAGCUCUGUCUACUUCGCAACGGACUACCAGUAUUUAGGAAAUGUAUCGGAGACUUCCUCUAUGGAGCUACUUGGGAGCCACUUGAUCCUCGCUUUAAAUGUGCCACGCGAAUUACUCAACAGAUCAUAACUAGAGAUCUUUACGAAAUCGACCGUAAAAAAUUCGCUGAAAGUCAACCGACUGUAGCGCUAACGAGUGUUGAAACUCUGGUGAAUACGACUCAGAAAUUUAUACCUGCUGAUUUAUUCUAUCUCGGUAGAAUCAUGCAAUCUGUAGCGAAAACUAUUGAGAGUAGGGUGGAACGAGAAACAAGCAAUAAGACCGAACCGACAACCCAACUGAACGCCGUCAAUGACACUGAGAGUAUAAUACGAAUAUACAACAGCCUAAUGGAUGUCGAUCGACGAGUUUUCAAACCGGCCAUCAAACUAAACUCCACAAACAUUCUCUUGGAUGCCUUUGAAAAGAUUUUCAAUACCCUUUCCACAAGAAAUGAUACCAUUUACUCUAACGACACGCAUUCUUCAAACCACCCCGAAAUGGGGGUGAUAGUUUACAGAUCUCCGAAACUCAUUACAUAUAUAAUUGACCCAAGUGUGAGUAAUUAUUCGGGGGUAGCUCUAUACACCAACGACAAAAGCCACGAUUUUCGGGAGAGUAAAACACGCUUGCUUUUCGCCAAUACAUCGGAAUACGACCUCCUAGAUGAAGAUGAUUUAGAAAUAGCCACAUUUGUUCCGCAAAGCCUAUUAAACAGACUAGACGAGAUCCCUGCGAAAAUCAACCAAACCCUUCUCUUGGAUAGACCGCCGCUCAGAAUUGUUUUGAAAAUUUACUACAACGACAAACUAUUUCAAGAAGAUCGGGAUAUAGUCGACAACCUAGUGUUUAGUAAAAUUAUCAGUGUCUCUAUUCCAGGAUAUAAUCCGGCUUUACCUGAAAUCCUUCCCCUUUUCUUGAAAAUGUUCAAAACCAAAAGCAACGUAUCCUCAGAUAGUUGCCGAUAUUGGAACUACUCCACUUGGGCCGAUGAUGGGUUAGAAUUUCUAGCCAAGUCUAGCACGGAUAACGACGUUGUACUGUGCGGCUGUUCACACUUAACUCCCUUUGCCUAUCUAGUCGGUGGUUCGUAUAAUCUCUCAGUUACAGCUGAUCAUGUAAUAAUUACAGAACUUCACAAAGAAGCUCUCGACAUGAUUACAAUCCUAGGGUGCUCGCUGUCCCUUGUAGGCAUCACUGGAAUUGUUAUAACCGCAAUAAUUUUCGACAAAUGGCGUGAAAAGCCGACCUCAAAGGUGGUCUUGAAUUUCUCGAUAGCAAUCGCAUUCCAAAUGAUUCUUUUCUGUUUUGUGAACACCGAAUUACUCACAGUGCAUCUUUUAGAAAAUCAAAUAUUCUCCAGCUGCAUUAUCUUGGGUGCAUGCUUGCAUUAUUCAGUCCUAGUUCAGUUUUCAUGGAUGCUUAUAAUAGCGUAUUUGCAAUUCAAGAGGUAUGUGCAAGUCUUGGGGAACACCCGCCCUCCUCGUUUCUUCAUCAAAGCUUUUAUUCUAGGUUGGUGCAUACCAAUCGUCCCUGUUGCAGCUGUACUCAUCAUCGAUAUGCACUCGUACAUUCCCAUCGACAAUCGGGACGAAUCUCAGAUUUGCUAUCCAUCAGGGCAAGCUCUUUACUUCGGAGUCAUCCUGCCAAUAGCAGCUAUUAUAAUCGCAAAUUUAAUUAUAUUUUUGCUGGUUCUCUACAACAUUGUUCGUGGUCCCAAGGAGAAAAUCCGCUCAGUCGAUCGAAGUUCUGCCUUGUCACAGAUCCGAUUGUCAAUUCUACUAUUCUUCCUUCUCGGCUUCACUUGGAUAUUUGGGCUUUUAGCUGCGGCUAAGAUAAGUUUGGUGUUCUCAUAUCUUUUCUGUUUGACUGCUACCCUGCAAGGAUUUGUCAUGUUCAUAUACUUUAUCAUAUUAGAUCCUGUUACGAGGAGUAUGUGGUCGACUUUCAUUAAAGGAUUGUGUUGUGGUCAAAAUAAUAAAUAAGACAGUUCGUCAAAUGUUGUUCAGUAGGUGUUGCUUUACUUUUUAAGGCUGUAGAUACUACUUACUUUACGCUAUAGAUAAUUGCCGAAUAUUGUUACAGUAAGCUAGUGUUACGACCAUUAAAUAUUUAUUUUUGUAGUAGAUUGUAUUAUCAUCAAAAUUGUUUAUUUUCUAUAAUUAAGCCAUUGUACGCUUAUGAGUAUUGCCCCAGGCAAUCUUUAUUUAAA